AUGGCGAGGGACAGGCCGCCCGGGAGGGGCUGCAGCCCCCUGAGCCGCUGCCUGCUGGGCGCCGCGCUGCUGCUGGGCCUGCGGCUCUGCGCGGAGUUGCGGCGCGCCGGGUCCCCGGGGCCCCCGGCCCGCAGCUCCCCGCCCCGGCCGCCCCCGCCGCACUUUGUUGCCCGGGCUCCGUCCCGAGCGCGGGGCAGAAGGUGCCAGGUUGAUCUACCGUUCGCCGGCGGCUCUCGGCCCCCCCGGGGCGGCGGGAGCGGGACGCUGGAGACGGGCUGCUGCGCCCGCGCCGGGGCGUUCCCGGCCGGGAAGGGUUCCCGGUGGCACAUAGACCUGCAGCCUUGGGCAGGCCCUGCUCAGUCCCUGGAUGAAGAAGCCUUGAGGUUCCUGAGAUAUAUCAGCACCACCCAGAUUGCAUGUGAUCACGUGAGUACCGACAGCCUGGCUACAGACUCCAGCUCUGCUAAGCAGCCCUGGUCGGUUUGUCUUGAUGACAGGUUUGGCUUAGCUCAUCAAAUCCGCAACAAGCAGUGCCGUCUCUACUCUUUAGGGCUGGGAAGUGAUGAUACCCAGUUUGAAGUUAGCAUGGCCAACAACGGAUGUGAAGUGCAUCGUUUUGAUCCUAGUGUCAAGUCGGCUCAUAUUCUGGAGCAUCAGCGCCUCUGGUAUCACCGCUUGUCCGUUGACUGGCGGGACCCCCACCCAGCUGUUGCUGCCCUGAAGCCGCAUAGCAACACCAGAAAACUGGGGACCAUUUUGAAUGAAUUUGGGCAUCACAAGAUUGAUGUUCUCAAAGCAGAUCUGGAGAGCGCAGAAUGGAAAGUUUUGGAAAAUCUUAUUCUGGAAGAUGUCCUGGAACAGAUUGGACAGCUCGUCUUUGAGAUCCAUCUCCACUGGCCUGGGUUCGAGGUCAGCGGCAGCGACAGCAGUGUCGUGCGGUUCUGGUACAGCCUCCUCAAAGAGUUAGAACUAAACGAUUUCAGGCUUUUUCACAGUUACAAAGAUUUAUCUAAACCUCAGCUGUUCCUGAAGAAAGACAUGUUCAAUGCAAGUAGCUGUUAUACUCUUGGUUGGGUAAAUACCAGGUGGAAAUAGGAUGCAGGGCCUCAUCAAAACUCAAGGAAAUACUUGCAGAGCGGAGUACAUCCACGAUUCUAAUGAUCGUUGUGCAGUCUCCCACCAGCCUGUUACCUGCUUGAGGCAGGCGUUGUUAUUGCCUCUGUGUGCAUGCAGCCUGGCGCCUGCCGUGAGGUACGGCACAGUUACCCCUUGUUGAAGGGGUGGACACAGGAACGCCACAGGAGUCAGCCGUCAUCUGCCCUGACCAGGCUCUUGGCCUGUCUGCCUCUGACGGAGUGGGGAUGCUCGUCUUCCUUCAUUUUUAGUGGGAAGAUAACCCCCCACUUACCUCGGUUUUCUCUAAAGUUCAUUAUGUUUCUACAGGGUGUUCAAAAAAAUGUAUUCACACUUUAAGAGCUGAUAGCUCACAUUUGAAAAUGAAAUGUAUUUUAAUACACACUGCCUUAAUAAUUAUUCAAAGGUGAGUAUACAUUUUUGGGGGACACCCUAUAUAAUCCAUGAAUUCACCAAGAUGACAUUUUCCAUUUUCACUGGGUUGAUGAGACUCUUGGGUUUGUAGCCUAGUGUUCAACAUAGGACCUUGCAUUUGACUUGAACUCACCUCUUUCAUGUUCUCCUUGUUCACCUGGUCAGGAAUGUCCUUUACACCUUGUGGUUUUCCAUCACUCCUUUUGAGCCUUUGCUGAGGCUAUGCCAUGGUUUUAUAAGAAGUACAGUUCUGGUACCUGGGAACAGAUACACCAAAUUCUGUCACUGAGUUUAAGACUAGACGAUCAAGAGCUGCAACUCAGCAUUCUUUUCAUAGCAGCCUUAAAAUCCCCAUCUGUUCCUGUGAACGAAGCACAAAGCAGAAUUUGAGUGUCUUUAUUGUUGCCUCUUCUGACUUCACACCUGAUUU